AUGGAUCUCCUGAUACCGGCCAUCUCACGCAUAGCAAACGCACUUCUUUUGAAGAUGUCUCAGCUCGAACUCUCACUCAUCGCCGCACUGCUACUUUUGGCCCUCGUGGCUGCCGACUAUAUAUACAUUCGCCCGCAUAGAAUCAAAAAUCUCCCGUCGAUCCCCUGGUGGGUCCCCAUUUGGGGCAAUCUCUCCAUUCUCUUCCCCCAGGCCCACAACUACACAGAGUCACCGUGCUCUAAGUUUGCAGAGCUAGCCCAAAAAUACGGAGAUGUGUUCCAGGUCCGACUGGGUACCCGGACCGUCGUGGUAGCCAACUCCUACGAUUCCAUUCUUCAGCUUUGGUGUUACCACAACAUUCGAAAUAACAACUCACGGCCAAUCCUGCACACGUUUCACGGCGUCUUAUCGCAAUCGAAGGUGUUCACCGUCGGGACCACUCCUUUUGGGGAGUCGUACCUAAAAAGCCGGAAAUACAUGUCCAGCAAGCUACUCAACGAGUCGAGCAAUAAAAAGUACAAUUCCAGCAUCAUCGACAAGGAGGCCACUAAGCUCGUGCAGUACAUGUUGUCCAGGACAACAGACAACGUCGUGGAGAUGGAUAUUACCCGGGACUGUCAGUAUUUCCAUUUGGGGGUAGCAUUGAUUCUAACUUACGGCUACGAAAUUAACGCUCGUGCAAACAACGACGAACGACAGCUGGCGGACGAAAUGGUUUACGUGGAGAACUACAUCACAAAAAUCCGCUCUCACAUCCAGAACGUCCAGGAUUAUCUGCCGUGGUAUCUCCGUUUGGUGUUUGAUAUUUUUUACGGCAAGUCCAAAAUCGCCAGGGAACUGUACCACCGUAGAAACAACUAUCUGUACAAGUUCAACCAGUUCACGACCUCGCGUUUAGACGUGCCAGACGAUUACGUGCGUCGAAGCCUGAUCUUCAACUACGUCAAGAAUAACGACCAGGAACUGCUAAAUGGGAGCCAGCUUGGUAGCAUCUGUCUCACAAUGGUCAGUGCAGGCCUGGACAACACUCCGCUGAACUUCCAGUACGCCAUGAUUCAGCUCAGCGAGUCGCCUCACAUACGAGCCAAUGCACGGGUCAAGCUCCUGGAGUGCUACAACAACGAUCCCAUAGAGGCAUGGAACAACUGCCACGCCGAGGUUCUGUGUCCGUAUGUGGUGGCCAUCGUGAAGGAGACGCUUCGGCUUUUCACCGUGUUGCCCAUGUCCCUGCCCCGCGAGACUACUAGAGACAUUGUCAUAGGCGACGCAGUGAUCCCACGAGGCACCACGUUAUUUAUGAACGCCUGGGCUGGCAACCACGACAAAACGCGGUUUUUCAAGCCCAUGGAAUUCAUUCCCGAGAGAUGGCUCGACCCAGAAACGGGAAACGUGGACACAAACCUUAGACACUUCUCCUUUGGCGUGGGUUCACGCAUGUGUCUUGGCAACAACCUGGCUUUCAAGGAACUAUAUGUGCUGAUUUGCAAGUUUCUGCUGAUGUUCGAGAUAGAAGCUGCCAAAGACGAAUCGCCAAGCCUGCACCCGCUGGAGCUGAACCAGUUCCCGGAGUCGAUUGCCAUUGAGCCAAUAGAAACAAACGUACGCUACACAGUGAGGGAUAAGAUGCUGCAGGAUUACGUGGAGGGUGUAUAA